AUGUCUUCACGCGUGGAGGAGUUGCAGGAGCUCCUGCAGUACAUGGCGCCCGGGAGCACCGUUGACGAUAUUGUGGGCGAGAGUGACAGCGGGGACGAGGCGUCGACGUACGACGUUGUGCAAGGGAAGCACGCUGCCACGUCACGAGUGGUGCUGGGGGCCGCGCCGGGCGCAAAUGCGCAGCGUGAGGCGACGUCGCUGAGUAAAAUGCAGCCCGCGCAACACACCACUACACAUGCGAGUGUUUUGAGACGCAUACGUGUGGAUGAUUUCUACGUGGAUGCAUCUUCUUUUUCAGGGGGCGCUGGCGGAGCGAACGUGGCGAAUCAGCGAGUUCUAAACGACCUCCGUGAGAUGACCAUGUCGAACCGGCUUAUGACGGCGCAGUCUUCGAAGGAUGUGGACCGGUCGGAGCGGGCGACGGUGGAGAAUGUCAUGGAUCCCCGGACCCGCCUCAUUCUCUACAAGCUUGUCAACGGUGGACAUCUGAAGGAAAUUAACGGCUGCGUUUCCACGGGCAAGGAGGCCAAUGUAUACUACGCCGUCGCGGGUGAUGGGAGUGAUGCGGCGGUGAAGGUGUUCAAAACGUCGAUUCUUGUGUUUAAGGAUCGCGAAAAGUACGUUGCGGGGGAGUUUCGUUUCCAGCGGUACUGCAAGAGCAACCCACGAAAGAUGGUGCGGACCUGGGCGGAGAAGGAGGCACGAAACUUAAAUCGCCUUCAGGACGGUGGAGUGUUGGCGCCCGCCGUGAAGUUGUUGCGCCAGCACGUGCUUAUCAUGGAGUUUCUUGGCGAGGACGGCUGGCCUGCACCGCGGCUGAAGGAAGUCCGUUUCCCCUCCGCUGGCGCCCUUGACAGGUGCUAUUUGGACAUCUGCUGCACCCUGCGGAAGAUGUACGGCCGCUGCCGACUCAUCCACGGCGACCUCUCCGAGUACAACCUGCUGUUUUAUAGGGGCCGCGUGGUCGUGAUAGACGUGUCGCAGUCCGUGGAGAACGACCACCCGCACGCGAUGGACUUUUUGAGGCGGGACAUCGUGAACGUGAACACCUUCUUUCGUUCCAAGGGCCACCAGCAGCUUUUCUCCCCGCAGGACUUGUACAGGUUCAUCACUGCCGCUCCUGCUCCGAACGGCUGGCAGCGCUGCGAUGGCCCCGACAACGUGGAGGAGAUUCGCCAGCACUUGCUGGAGCUCCGCGAGCAGAGGGGGCGCGAGGACGGCGUUGCGUCUGUGAACGCGGAACAGGCAAAGGUAGACGAGCAGGUUUUUUUGAACAUCGCCGUUCCACGGACGCUUGGCGAUGUCGCGGACCACAAGGCGGUAAAUGCUGAGCUUGCCCCGUUCGUCGCCGAGCUGACGGCGUCUCCUGCCACGCGGCCGCACCUUCCCGCACAGGGAGCCUCCGACGUUGAAGAGGAGGAGGAGUCGGAAUCUGACGCGAGUGGCCGGGACGAGGUCGGCGUGGGUGGCAGCCACAGCAGCGGAAGCAGCAGCAGUGGCAGCGGUGGAGACGCGGGCGAAGAGGGGGCGAAAAAGGCGUCGCUUCGGCCACCGCCCCGCACAAUUGCUGGCAUGACGAAGGAGGAGCGGAGGGAAUACCACAAGUCUGUGAAGGAGGCUAACCGCGAGCGUCGGGCAAGCAAGAAGAAGAACAAAAAUGCAAAGAAGAAGAAGAAGCAGUAG